CGACAGAAGAAAAAGAGGGAGAGACCGACUCACAGUGUUUCACCACGUGUGGACAGAAAACGAUAAACAGUUUUUAUCUUCUACUCUUCGUCAUGCGGCGGUGGGAAUAUUUUAGCUAACAUUUUAGAAGGAGGCGCGAGACACUAGCUUAAAGCAGGAGCAGCUGUACACACCUGUUUGUUUUCUGAAAGAAGGAGCACUGCUCUCCUGUCGCUACAAUUUUACCUUUAUUUUAAAUCUUUGUGAAACUUGAGUGUUAGCCAUGGAGAGAGACGACUAUCCUAACCCGUUUAUCACCGAGGUGAAGCUAACAAGAGUUCGUCGAAUCAGGGGAAUAAUCCUGGGUUGUAUCCUCGUUCCUCUCCGCAUCACGCUGGCAGCCAUCUUCUUCCUCAUCAUGUGGCCCAUUGCUCGGCUGAGACUAGCCGGUUUGUCCCAAGAGGAGCGCUCUCGACCCGUCACAGGCUGGCGCCGCUGGUUCUUCCACCCCAUCGUCUGGUCCCUGAGCCGAGCGGUGUUCUUCUCUCUGGGGUUCCUGUGGGUUAGGGUCAAAGGUCGCAGAGCCAACCUGAAAGAGGCGCCGGUUCUGGUGGUGGCGCCUCACAGCAGUUUCUUGGACAUGCUGGUUUUGUGUCCCACCCAGCUGGCCACAGUCGUGUCUCGUUCAGAGAACACCAGCUUACCCGUCAUCGGAGCUCUUCUGGAGUUCAACCAGUCUGUGCUGGUGAGCCGGAAGGAUCCGGAGUCGAGGAAGAAGGCUGUGGCGGAGCUCAUCGAGAGGCUGACCUCUAAGGGCUACUGGCCUCAGAUGCUGAUGUUUCCAGAAGGAACCACCACCAAUGGCCGCUCUCUGAUUAAAUUUAAACCAGGUGCCUUCCUUGCUGGAGUCCCAGUCCAACCAGUUCUGUUGCGUUACCCAAAUAAAGUGGACACCGUUCGAUGGGCGUACAACGGAACAACCUGGAAAGAGGUGGUGUGGCACACGACCUCACAGCUUUACACAAACAUGACUGUUGAGUUCCUGCCCGUUUACAACCCCUCUGAGGAGGAGAAGAAGGACCCCGGCUUGUACGCGGACAACGUCCAGAAACUCAUGGCCAAAGCUUUAGGAGUCCCGGCUACAGACUAUGUGAUGGAGGGCCGGCUUCCCGUCAGCCUGCAGGGCGGUUUGUCUCUACCGGUUUACUCUCCUGGCAGGAAAGCGUUGUCCCUGCUACGUAAAAACGGUCUGGGAGCAGAAGAGGUGAAAGUGGCUCUCAACAGAAUGUUGGACCGAUGUGGGCCAGGAGGUCAGGGGUCAAAGGCCAGUGCAGACGAGCUCGCCUCCAUACUUUCACUGGCUGAUAAACAACCAGCCGUGGACAUCUGUGGCUUUUAUUCUAAGGAUGAAACGGUGGACCUGAGCCAGGUUUACUUCAGUGUUUCGGCUGUUUCAGGGCUCACCAGCUUCAGCGCCCUGCUCCACUCCGCCUUCACCAUGUUUGACCGUGACGGCAAAGGCAGCCUGAGUGCAGAGGAGCUCUCUGAUCUCAUGGGGGCGCUGCUCGGCCAUCCUCAGCACGGCGUUGCUGCCCUCUACGCCGAGGCUUCCCGUCAGGGCCGGCUAACGGAAGGAAGUCUGCUGAAAGUGCUGACGACCCAUCCCACCUACCAGAGGGUGGUGAAUGAAUACCUGCAUCCAGAGGGGGUGGAGUCUGGGCUGCCGUUCACCACUCUGACCAAUGGGAAGGCGGAGAACAACAAUGGACUCUCGCUCAACGGAUCUCUCCAUCACAAGGAGGAAUGAGUGUUUCUGAACCGAGCUGUUUGACAGUUGAUGUUUCUAACCAGGAACGCUGGGUUGUUUUUAAACGCAGCGUCACCUGCACAGAUGCUGAUGUCAUCAUGAAGGUGGCAGAAGUGUGUGACGCUGCUGAAGGAUGAACGCUUGCUCGUGUCACUUUUUAUACAUGGAUGUGCUGUUUCAGGUGUUUUUAAGGAUGUUAUUUAUAAAGGUGUGUGUGUGUGUGUGUGUGUGUUUGAUAAAGUAUUAUUUUUUUUUUUGGUGUAUCUUGUUUAUUUUGACAAUAAACUGAACAUUUUAAACACAUUUAAA